GGGCUGAAGCCUUGUCAGCACCUGUCACCCCGGCUCCUGCUCUCGGCAUAGCCUGAAGCCUGGCUCCUCCUGGUGAAAUCAUCUUGGCCUGAUAGCAUCGUGAGGUCUUCAGACAGGACCCCUUGGAAGCUGGCUACCAUGGAGGAUCACAUGUUCGGUGUUCAGCAAAUCCAGCCCAAUGUCAUUUCUGUUCGUCUUUUCAAGCGCAAAGUUGGGGGCCUGGGAUUCCUGGUGAAGGAGCGGGUCAGUAAGCCACCCGUGAUCAUCUCCGACCUGAUUCGUGGGGGCGCCGCGGAGCAGAGUGGCCUCAUCCAGGCUGGAGACAUCAUUCUUGCGGUCAACGGCCGGCCCUUGGUGGACCUGAGCUAUGACAGCGCCCUGGAGGUACUCAGAGGCAUUGCCUCCGAGACCCACGUGGUCCUCAUUCUGAGGGGCCCUGAAGGCUUCACCACGCACCUGGAGACCACCUUUACAGGUGAUGGGACCCCCAAAACCAUCCGGGUGACACAGCCCCUGGGUCCCCCAACCAAAGCUGUGGAUCUGUCCCACCAGCCAUCGGCCGGCAAAGAACAACCCCUGGCAGUGGAUGGGGCCUCGGGUCCUGGGAAUGGGCCUCAGCAUGCCCAAGACGAUGGGCAGGAGGCUGGCUCGCUCCCCCAUGCCAACGGCCUGGCCCCCAGGCCCCCAGGCCAGGACCCUGCAAAGAAAGCAGCCAGAGUCGGCCUCCAAGGCAGAGGGGAGAACAAUGAACUGCUCAAGGAGAUAGAGCCUGUGCUGAACCUUCUCACCAGUGGGAGCAGAGGGGUCAAGGGAGGGGCACCUGCCAAGACAGAGAUGAAAGAUAUGGGAAUCCAGGUGGACAGAGAUUUGGACGGCAAAUCACACAAACCUCUGCCCCUCGGUGUGGAGAACGACCGAGUCUUCAAUGACCUAUGGGGGAAGGGCAAUGUGCCUGUCGUCCUCAACAACCCAUAUUCAGAGAAGGAGCAGCCCCCUGCCUCAGGAAAACAGUCCCCCACAAAGAAUGGCAGCCCCUCCAAGUGUCCACGCUUCCUCAAAGUCAAGAACUGGGAGACUGACGUGGUUCUCACUGACACCCUCCACCUUAACAGCACAUUGGAAACGGGAUGCACUGAGUACAUCUGCAUGGGCUCCAUCAUGCUUCCUUCUCAGCAUCUACGGAGGCCUGAAGAUGUCCGCACAAAAGAACAGCUCUUCCCUCUCGCCAAAGAGUUUAUUGAUCAAUACUAUUCUUCAAUUAAAAGAUUUGGCUCCAAAGCCCACAUGGAAAGGCUGGAAGAGGUGAACAAAGAGAUCGAAACCACUAGCACCUACCAACUCAAGGACACAGAGCUCAUCUACGGGGCCAAGCAUGCCUGGCGGAAUGCCUCGCGCUGUGUGGGCAGGAUCCAGUGGUCCAAGCUGCAGGUAUUCGAUGCUCGCGACUGCACCACAGCCCACGGGAUGUUCAACUACAUCUGCAACCACGUCAAGUAUGCCACCAAUAAAGGGAACCUCAGGUCUGCCAUCACCAUAUUCCCCCAGAGGACAGAUGGCAAGCACGACUUCCGAGUCUGGAACUCCCAGCUCAUCCGCUACGCUGGCUACAAGCAGCCCGACGGCUCCACCCUGGGGGACCCGGCCAACGUGCAGUUCACAGAGAUUUGCAUACAGCAGGGCUGGAAACCCCCGAGAGGCCGCUUCGAUGUCCUGCCGCUCCUGCUUCAGGCCAACGGCAAUGACCCUGAGCUCUUCCAGAUUCCUCCAGAGCUGGUGUUGGAAGUUCCCAUCAGGCACCCCAAGUUUGAGUGGUUCAAGGACCUGGGGCUGAAGUGGUACGGCCUCCCUGCCGUGUCCAACAUGCUCCUGGAGAUUGGCGGCCUGGAGUUCAGCGCCUGUCCCUUCAGUGGCUGGUACAUGGGCACAGAGAUUGGUGUCCGCGACUACUGUGACAACUCCCGCUACAAUAUCCUGGAGGAAGUGGCCAAGAAGAUGAACUUAGACAUGAGGAAGACGUCCUCCCUGUGGAAGGACCAGGCGCUGGUGGAGAUCAAUAUCGCGGUUCUCUAUAGCUUCCAGAGUGACAAAGUGACCAUUGUUGACCAUCACUCCGCCACCGAGUCCUUCAUUAAGCACAUGGAGAAUGAGUACCGCUGCCGGGGAGGCUGCCCUGCCGACUGGGUGUGGAUUGUGCCCCCCAUGUCCGGAAGCAUCACCCCUGUGUUCCACCAGGAGAUGCUCAACUACCGGCUCACCCCCUCCUUCGAAUACCAGCCUGAUCCCUGGAACACCCACGUCUGGAAAGGCACCAACGGGACCCCCACAAAGCGGCGAGCCAUUGGCUUCAAGAAGCUGGCAGAAGCUGUCAAGUUCUCGGCCAAGCUAAUGGGGCAGGCUAUGGCCAAGAGGGUCAAAGCAACCAUCCUCUAUGCCACGGAGACAGGCAAAUCACAAGCUUAUGCCAAGACCUUGUGUGAGAUCUUCAAACACGCCUUUGAUGCCAAGGUGAUGUCCAUGGAAGAAUAUGACAUCGUGCACCUGGAACAUGAAACUCUGGUCCUCGUGGUUACCAGCACCUUUGGCAACGGAGAUCCCCCUGAGAAUGGGGAGAAAUUUGGCUGUGCUUUGAUGGAAAUGAGGCACCCCAACUCUGUGCAGGAAGAAAGGAAGUACCCGGAACCCUUGCGUUUCUUUCCCCGUAAAGGGCCUCCCCUCCCCCAUGGUGACACAGAAGUCCACGGUCUGGCUGCAGCCCGUGACAGCCAGCACAGGAGCUACAAGGUCCGAUUCAAUAGCGUCUCCUCCUACUCUGACUCCCAAAAAUCAUCAGGCGAUGGGCCCGACCUCAGACACAACUUUGAGAGUGCUGGACCCCUGGCCAAUGUGAGGUUCUCAGUGUUUGGUCUUGGCUCACGAGCGUACCCUCACUUUUGCGCCUUCGGACAUGCUGUGGACACUCUCCUGGAAGAACUGGGAGGGGAGAGGAUCCUGAAGAUGAGGGAAGGGGAUGAGCUCUGUGGGCAGGAAGAGGCUUUCAGGACCUGGGCCAAGAAGGUCUUCAAGGCAGCCUGUGAUGUCUUCUGUGUGGGAGAUGAUGUCAACAUUGAAAAGGCGAACAAUUCCCUCAUCAGCAAUGACCGCAGCUGGAAGAGAAACAAGUUCCGCCUCACCUAUGUGGCCGAAGCUCCAGAACUCACGCAAGGUCUAUCCAAUGUCCACAAAAAGCGAGUCUCAGCUGCCCGACUCCUUAGCCGUCAAAACCUCCAGAGCCCUAAAUCCAGUCGGUCAACUAUCUUCGUGCGUCUCCACACCAACGGGAGUCAGGAGCUGCAGUACCAGCCUGGGGACCACCUGGGUGUCUUCCCUGGCAACCACGAGGACCUCGUGAAUGCCCUGAUCGAGCGGCUGGAGGACGCACCCCCUGUCAACCAGAUGGUGAAAGUGGAGCUGCUGGAGGAGCGGAACACGGCUUUAGGUGUCAUCAGUAACUGGACAGACGAGCACCGCCUCCCACCCUGCACCAUCUUCCAGGCCUUCAAGUACUACCUGGACAUCACCACGCCACCAACGCCCCUGCAGCUGCAGCAGUUUGCCUCCCUAGCCACCAACGAGAAGGAGAAGCAGCGUCUGCUGGUCCUCAGCAAGGGUUUGCAGGAGUACGAGGAAUGGAAAUGGGGCAAGAACCCCACCAUCGUGGAGGUGCUGGAGGAGUUCCCAUCCAUCCAGAUGCCGGCCACCUUGCUCCUGACCCAGCUGUCCCUGCUGCAGCCCCGCUACUAUUCCAUCAGCUCCUCCCCAGACAUGUACCCUGAUGAAGUGCACCUCACUGUGGCCAUCGUUUCCUACCGCACUCGAGAUGGAGAAGGACCAAUUCACCACGGCGUGUGCUCCUCCUGGCUCAACCGGAUACAGGCUGACGAAGUGGUCCCCUGUUUCGUGAGAGGAGCACCCAGCUUCCACCUGCCCCGGAACCCCCAAGUCCCUUGCAUCCUUGUUGGACCGGGCACCGGCAUUGCGCCUUUCCGAAGCUUCUGGCAACAGCGGCAAUUUGAUAUCCAACACAAAGGAAUGAACCCCUGCCCCAUGGUCCUGGUCUUCGGGUGCCGGCAAUCCAAGAUAGAUCAUAUCUACAGGGAAGAGACCCUGCAGGCCAAGAACAAGGGGGUCUUCAGAGAGCUGUACACGGCUUACUCCCGGGAGCCAGACAAACCAAAGAAGUACGUGCAGGACAUCCUGCAGGAGCAGCUGGCGGAGUCUGUGUACCGAGCCCUGAAGGAGCAAGGGGGCCACAUUUACGUCUGUGGGGACGUCACCAUGGCCGCUGAUGUCCUCAAAGCCAUCCAGCGCAUCAUGACCCAGCAGGGGAAGCUCUCGGCAGAGGACGCCGGCGUGUUCAUCAGUCGGAUGAGGGAUGACAACCGGUACCACGAGGAUAUUUUCGGAGUCACCCUGCGAACGUAUGAAGUGACCAACCGCCUUAGAUCUGAGUCCAUUGCCUUCAUUGAAGAGAGCAAAAGAGACACCGAUGAGGUUUUCAGCUCCUAACUGGACCCUCUUGCCCAGCCGGCUGCAAGUUUUGUAAGCGUGGACAGACACUGCUGAACCUUUCCUCUGGGACCCUGCGUGGCCCUCGCUCUGCCUCCUGUCCUUGUCGCUGUGCCCUGGUUUCCCUCCUCGGGGUUCUCGCCCCUCAGUUGUUUCCUCGGCCCUCCUGGGUUUCCUCCUUGAGUUUUCCUGCUCCGAUGCAAUGCUUUUCUAAUCUGCAGUGGCUCUUACAAAACUCUGUUCCCGCCCCCUCUCUUGCUGACAAGGGCAGCUCACGGGUGCAUGAAACCACUGGAACAUGGCCGUCGCUGUGGGGGGUUUUUUCUCUGGGGUUCCCCUGGAAAGGCUGCAGGAACUAGGCACAAGCUCUCUGAGCCAGUCCCUCAGCCGCUGAAGUCCCCUUCUUUUUUAUGAUGACACUUUGGUCGUGCGUGUGUAUAUGCGUGUGUGAUGGGCCGGGUCUCUGUCCAUCCCCUUCCCUGCACAAGUAUGUCGAUCUUAGAUCGCCACUGCUUUCACUGAAGACCCUCGAUGCCAAGAAACAUGUCCCUGGCCCAUAUUAAUCCCACGCGUGUCCAUAAUCAAGGGUCCACGCCCGACCAGGC